CUGGCACUUGACGACGCACCACUCACCAGACUUGCGAUCACGAUGUUUGCCAAGCCCGCUCCCGCUGCCGCGCCGGUCAUGGACCAACAAAUGCAAAUGGCCAAAGUAGAAAUGGAAAUGUACACGGACUUGUUCAACAAGAUGGCAGAAGUGUGCUUCAAGAAGUGCAAUUACCGCUUCCAUGACGCCGAAUUGAACGUUGGCGAAAUGAGCUGCGUCGAUCGCUGCGUGGGUAAAUACAUGCAAGCCCAUUUGCAAGUUGGCAAGACCAUGCAACGCGUUCAAGACAGCAUGGGGACCGGCGCGCAACAGUAAAUCGCACAACUAGGCUGGUGUGUCUUCCACUACACUAUUGUCCCAACCACGCGGCACAAGCCGUGACUAAGCCAGAUUCAAUAUUUCAUCCUCAACACUUAUUAAACCGCAAACAAAUGCCAUCGAUUCGAAGCCCUCCAUGCGUUGAGCGGAGUCGCGUUCCAGUCCGAGUUGGACGCGGAUCUCGACGAGGCUGCUGAGGACAUUCGCGACUUUGUCGACCUUGCGUUCCUGCAAUAUCAUUCCAUGGCAAGUCCCAGCGUCAUGCUUUACUCGGCCAUCAAAUGUUAUUUACGUGUGGAAUAUUCAUGUUAUAACAGCAAUAGCUCCUUUUCUUCGACCAUGCGGCGACUGCUGAUGUCCAUGAUAUACACCUUGGAUUGCCGCGUCGGGUCGAUCGAUGCCUGCUUUGUGGGCGGCAGGUCCGACACUUGGGCGGGCGCAAACCCACGC